AUGGCUGAAGGCAUUGAUAGGCGCAACGAUGAGCGCAUGGAGUUCACGACCUCGAAAGAGGUGACGGUGGCCCCUACCUUUGAGGAUAUGCACCUAAAGGAAAACCUACUGCGAGGAGUCUAUGCGUAUGGAUACGAAUCUCCGUCUGCGGUUCAGUCUCGCGCCAUCGUCCAGAUUUGCAAGGGGCGCGACACCAUUGCUCAGGCGCAGUCUGGUACCGGUAAAACGGCCACGUUUUCCAUUAGUAUUCUCCAGGUCAUCGACACAGCUGUGCGCGAGAGUCAGGCAUUGGUUCUCUCGCCCACCCGUGAGCUCGCGACUCAGAUCCAGUCCGUUAUUAUGGCGCUUGGCGACUACAUGAAUGUCCAAUGCCAUGCAUGCAUUGGAGGAACAAACGUUGGAGAGGAUAUUAGAAAGCUCGAGUAUGGCCAGCACGUGGUUUCAGGCACACCCGGACGAGUUGCGGAUAUGAUUCGACGACGCCAUCUACGCACUCGCAAUAUCAAAAUGUUGGUCCUUGAUGAAGCCGACGAGUUGUUGAACCGUGGUUUUCGCGAGCAGAUCUACGAUGUUUACCGCUAUCUACCUCCUGCGACCCAGGUCGUUGUUGUCUCUGCUACUUUGCCCUACGAUGUCUUGGACAUGACCACGAAAUUCAUGACCGACCCAGUACGCAUUUUGGUCAAGCGUGACGAAUUGACCCUCGAAGGUCUCAAGCAAUAUUUCAUUGCCGUGGAAAAGGAGGAGUGGAAGUUUGACACCCUGUGUGAUCUCUACGACACCUUGACCAUCACACAAGCCGUCAUUUUCUGCAACACUCGCCGCAAGGUCGACUGGCUCACCGAUAAAAUGCGCGAAGCCAACUUCACUGUUUCCAGCAUGCACGGUGAGAUGCCUCAAAAGGAACGCGACAGCAUUAUGCAAGAUUUCAGACAGGGCAACUCGCGUGUCCUCAUCUCGACUGACGUCUGGGCUCGCGGUAUCGACGUGCAGCAGGUUUCUCUGGUUAUCAACUAUGACCUCCCCAGCAACCGUGAAAACUACAUCCACAGAAUCGGUCGAAGCGGUCGAUUUGGCAGGAAGGGUGUUGCCAUUAACUUUGUGACCAGUGAGGACGUGCGCAUUUUGCGCGAUAUUGAGUUGUACUACUCUACUCAGAUCGAUGAGAUGCCAAUGAAUGGUAUGCAAACCGUUUUUCAACUUUUACGAUUGGCAAAAAGCUAA